CCCUUAAAUAUCCCUUUGUACUUCCUCUCUUUAUAUCCUCAAUCAAAUACCCUUUUUCCCCCAAAUUUCUCUCUCAUUUUAUGCUUCCAUUCUGCCAUUGCUGUUCUUGCUCAAAAUGCGGAUGAGUUGUAAUGGUUGCAGAGUACUUCGCAAAGGUUGCAGUGAGAAUUGCAGUAUUCGACCUUGUUUACAGUGGAUCAAGACUCCUGAAUCUCAGGCUAACGCUACCGUUUUUCUCGCUAAGUUCUAUGGCCGUGCUGGACUCAUGAAUCUCAUCAACGCUGGUCCUGAUCAUCUCCGCCCUGCGAUUUUUAGAUCUCUUCUCUACGAGGCUUGUGGACGGAUUGUCAAUCCGAUUUACGGAUCGGUUGGAUUAUUGUGGUCUGGUAGUUGGCAGCUCUGUCAGGCGGCUGUUGAAGCCGUACUUAAAGGUGCUCCGAUCACGCCGAUCAACUCCGAAACGGCAGCUACUGCCGACGGACCGCCGUUGAAGGCUUACGACAUUCGUCACGUUUCCAAGGAUGAAAACUCCGUUGCGUCCAACGAUACCGAAGCCAAUCGGCGAGUUAAGACUCGGUGCCGGUUCAAGCGGUCGGCUGUGAAAGGGAAAGCGAGUAAAGGAAUUGCCUCCACUGUUGAUGAAUCGACUCGGCGACUCUGCUCUACCGAGUUGAAUAGGUCGUCGAGUGGUGAGUCGUCGUUGAGUCACCAAUCCGACUCGCGGCAUCUCGAGAACGAGAGUAAAGAAACCGAGAGCAUUAUUUCAGUUGGAACAGCGGAGGAUUCUCCUCCUCCGGUGCCGUCGGUUUUUUCCCGAUCGGAAUCCACGGGCCACGACGGCGGCGCAGUGCCAAUUCCGCAAAGUGAAUUAGCUCUAGAACUAACCCUGGGGAUGGAGCCGGUGUUACGUGCACAGCACGUGAUUCCAAUGAAGAAGCGAAAGAUAGAGGCCGACGUCGGGUUCAGGCCCAAUAACGAGACGUGCAAUACUGUUUUAGGCCUUGAUUUUUCAGCCUGAAAUAGAGGCCCAAUAAUGAGCCCACGCACACAACGACGGCAAUAAUAAUAGUAAUAAUAAAAAUAAUAAGAUAAAAAAGUAAGAAUAAAAGAGAGUACAAUUUUGACGGCGGGGAUUGGCUAUCUUCGGUGGCAUAGAAGAGAUCCGGACCAUUCGUUUAGUUCGUUCCUUUGUUUUGACGUUUAGUUUUUAUUGUAAUUUACUGUUUUAACCCUGUCCCCUUUUGUAACUUGAAGCGAUGUGUAUAUAUUAAAAAAAAAAAAGUGGUCGCAAUGUGUAUAGGAAAGGAAUAUAAUGUAAAAAUGCAACAGGAGGCGAAAAGGUUCUUAGGUUUUUUUAAAUCUCCAUUUUCUUUAUAAAUUUUCUUAAAAUAUUUUAAGUUUGGUAUCAAACAAGGGGCAUGGCAUGUUCCCUUCAGUUCA